AUGGGAUGCAAGAACUCAAAGGCGAGAGAGCCACCUGCGGACACCGUCACCGCGGCGCAAGCCAAUAUCGCCACCAAUAAGAACAGCAGCACUGCGCCCACGUUAAGCCCCGCUCAGCAUCACGCAAAGCAGACAGGUGAAACGAAAAGGAAUAAUGCCGCAUCCCCUGCAUCUCGUGGCAACAAUGGCGAGGCGAGUGAGAACGAAUCACGGAGCGAGCAACCGAAGAAAGCACUAGGCCCGGGUGGCAAUGACGUCAAGCAGGCGGCAUCAAACUCCCCGUCGAAGCAGGAGCUUGACGACGAGGGAAACCCGCUGCUGCUGCCGAACGGCGAUUGGGUAAGGACGGAGGGCACGCCGUUCUACUACUCGGUGGAGGAAAACCUUUACUUCCACCCGCCUAGUUGCCAGUUUUAUGACCCGACAAACGGGAUGUGGUACGAUCCGGAGAAGGACGAGUGGUACUACGAUGACGAGAACGGUGCGCAGGAGUAG